AUGACAGCGACGGUUCUGGGAAAGCGCUCACGAGGAGCACUACGAACUGAAGCACCUGCGCUACCGGUACGCACUUCCAGCAAGCGUCGGUCGCGGACACCUCGCAUUCUUCAAGCGGAGGAUAAGUCUUCGGUAUCGUCACCACGCCAAUUGCGUUCCCGGGGGAGGAAGAACAGCUCGAUAGCCGAAGAAAAAGAUCAAGAAAACGACACAGCUGAAAAAAGUGCCCCUGCUGCUGAGACCAGACGCUUUAAGCAUACCAUUCAGCCAACCACAUCCCCCGUCAAAGUCCACUCGCACCUCCAAACGACAAUAAAGCCUGCGAAUGAUGAGAAUGCAGACCCCAUCGGAAUCAAAACUCCUUCCAAGUCCCGAUACCAAGAUGUACUCGAAUCGCCUCCUAUUACCCCAAAACAUCGAGUCCAAGUCGGCGCCAAGUCCUUGACUCCGCGCACUCCACGACAUGUCUCUACACCGACAACUACUACGACCACCACCACAACCCAAACAGUGUAUACGCAAGCUCGGCAGCUGUUUGCUCGGGGAGCGAAUUCCGGUCGGUUAAUUGGUCGCGAAACGGAGCGGGAGAAGUUGAGAUCGUUCAUCGAAGAUGGUGUGGAAUCGCAAAGAGGUGGUUGCUUAUACGUCAGUGGGCCUCCCGGUACCGGCAAAAGUGCGAUGAUCGAUGAAGUGUGUCAAGAGAUGGACUUUUCGGCCGUGAAGACUGCACAUGUCAACUGUGCGAGUAUGCGGGGACCCCGUGAUGUUUACAGCAAACUCGUUGAGGAAUUCUGCGACGACUCGGAGAUCUUUAAGAAGAGUGAGGCAGACCGACUGAAAGCCAUGUUUAUCCCGGACAAGUCGGAAGACGGACUGUUCUUUGUUACCUUGGAUGAAAUCGACCACCUUCUCACCUCGGACGCUGGAGUAUUACAGUCGCUUUUCGAGUGGGCAUUGCAUAGCAAGUCUAAACUCAUGCUCAUUGGAAUCGCCAACGCGCUUGACUUGACAGAUCGAUCCCUUCCACAACUCAAGGCGAAAAACCUCAAACCUCGACUACUCCCCUUCUUGCCAUACAACGCCAACCAGAUCGCCAAUGUGAUUACGAACCGUCUUCGGUCAUUGCUUCCCAGUGACCAAAAUGCUGAACCGAACUUUGUACCUUUUGUUCAGCCGGCUGCUAUCCAAUUAUGUGCGAAAAAGGUGGCUUCCCAGACGGGUGAUCUACGGAAAGCCUUCGAGCUUGUUAAGCGCGCUGUCGAUCUCAUUGAACAGGAGACUUUGAAGAAGCUGGAGAAGCAAAACGAUGAUCCGCAGACUCCGUCCAAGACUAUCCUGAUCGAAAACAAAAACCUAUCAACCCCUGCAAAGACACCACAACCGAAUGAUUCGAUAUCAGUUUACACUGCUCUUAACGCACCUCGAGCUAGCAUUGCCCACGUGGCACGCAUUACCUCAUCCGCUUUUGGACAAGGCACCGUUCAAAGACUGCAGAACAUCAAUCUCCAGCAAAAAGCAGUUAUCUGUUCCUUGAUAGCACUCGACCGAAAGCGACGUGAAGACGGCAUCACGAGCACACCGUCCAAAACCAAGAUCUCCGCCCCAACUGUUAAGCAAAUUUUCGACACGUACUGCGCGUUGUGCCGAAAUGAUAACAUCCUUCAUCCUCUCACGGCGACCGAGUUCAAGGAUGUGCUAAGCAAUCUGGAAACGAUGGGCUUGGUUGGUGAAUUCCAAGGCCGUGGUCGAGGAGGUACGGUUGCCGGUGGCUCGGAUUUGAGACGCACUCCAUCAAGAUCUUCUACCUCGACACCUGUCAAGGGCUCAGAUGAACAAGGACUCGUUUGCUUUGUUUCGCAAAGAGAAAUUGAAGGCCAAAUAGCGGGUCCAGGAGAGGGCAUCUUAAGAAGGUUGCUUUCAGGCCAAGGACUGUAA